UUGAAGUGAAGUGUGAAAUCAAAUUAAAGCUAAGCAAGAUUUUCAAAUAUUCAAUUAGACAUCGAAUCUUAUUUUAACUGACACAAUGCCAAAAGUUGUUUCCAGAAGUAUUGUUGUGUCAGAUACCAAAGAUCAAGAAGAACAGGAAGAAAAGCCUCUUCAAUCUUAUUACUGCUUGUGUGGCCAGUUUACUUUAAUUUUAGAUUCAUUGCUCGAAAAAUUACCACUGAGGAAAAGAGAUGGUUCUCGUGUCAUUGAUGGUUCAAAACAAGUGAAUAAAGUCACAUGUGAUCCUGAUGAAAUUGUAUACAUCAAACGGGAAGAAGGCAUUGAAAAACAACACAGAUUUUCCUGCAAAAAGUGUGGUCUUCAGCUUUAUUACAAGCAUGAUCCAAAAAGUAACGUGACUUUCAUACUAAAGGGUGCUUUGGUGAGAUCAGGUGAAGGGCAAUUGAGGAGCAUGUUUAACACAUUAAGCACAAGCACAGAAAGUGCGCAAAAACAACCACAGAAGACUAUGGUUACGAAACAUACCAAAAAUAUGGGUAAAUUCUCAUCCGUCACAGUGUCAACUAUUGAGGACGAAGAAGACGAAAUGGAAGAGCGAGAAGUGGCAGAUUCAUAUGCUAACAAUGCACGCAUCAUUGAGAAGCAGUUAGAAAGAAAAGGAGGACUGAAACGCAAAACAGACGUUCCCGAAACGGAAACACAGAAAAAACUUGUCCGGGGAACGUUGAUCGAUAAAUGAAGCUACUGAGUUAUUAAAUACUUCCUUUUUUUUUAAAUAUCAUUCGAACUUUAAAUAAAU